AUGCUAGUGGAGAAAAGGCCAGACAAGUCAGAUAUUGUUCCUCUACAUAUGCUAGCGGAUCACCUUGUUAAGGUUGGGAAAUACAAGGAGGCAGAGGAAAUAGAGCGGCCGGUUUGUGAGUGGAUGGAUACUCGUCCACACCUGGGCAGAACCUCCCCGCAAGCUCUUAACGCUCGUCGAAUUAUUGCAAGAGCCUUAUGGGGACAGGGUCCCUCGCGACAACCUGAGGCUGAGGAGCUAGUUGCUAUGAUCCAUUCACUUGUCGAUAGCAUGGGUGAAAGCAAGUUUGGAAUCUAUCAUGAAGAGGAGAGGAGGCUUAAUAGGGAUAUGGUGGCUCAUUUCAACUGA